CUUGCAGUACCCUCAUUGAGUGUGGUCAAUCGGGGACUCUUCGUCAUCUUGCUCUCCUCCGUCCCAAAGACCCUGCCUGGUCCGGCUGUCUACAGAGGCUGCAAGACUUUGAAUUCCAAGAAGGGAUAUGGAAUCAACCCCGUAUUAUCGUGGCCAAUUUCAAAGCGUUUAUCGAAGGUGGGUGUGUGGGUACAUUUGGGGAGGAUGACACGGCGUCUUCCAAUCCCCCGGGACCAGUUCAAGGAGAAAACGACAAUUCUCCACAGCAUCCAUGGUCAACGGCGUGGCGUAGAGUACGGCGAUUUAUUGCAGGAAAGCCUAGUCAUGAGGAGAUAGAAUUAUCGAG